AUGGAUGCAUUCUGCUCCAAUGAAUUUCACCAUGCAAUAUUGUACCGUAGUGGAUUUCCAGAUGAUCAGAGGUCUACCGUCGAUGCCCUUAACAAUCUCCAAAGUAAUGCUAUGACUUUGAAGAUCAUCUCUAAUAGUGGUAGCGAAAAGGAGGUUAACGUUCAUCGAACAAUAACUUGUUUAAACCGAAUUGGUCUAUCGGUGGACGAUUUAGAUUCGUUGUCUAUAAUUCAUGUUAGUGGCACCAAAGGAAAGGGUUCAACUUGUGCUUUUACUGAAAGUAUACUUCGUGCUCAUGGAUACAAAACCGGAUUCUACAGCUCACCACACCUAAUCGAAGUGCGCGAGCGGAUUAGGAUAAAUGGAGUACCUCUUUCGAAAGAGGUCUUCACUUCCUACUUCUGGACUGUUUACGAUCGGCUUGAAAAAUCAAAAGAGGCAGAUGAUAACUAUAUGCCAAGUUAUUUCAAAUUCUUAACUGUACUAGCAUUUUAUAUCUUUUUCUGUGAAAAGGUUGAUGUCUCCAUCAUUGAAGUGGGUAUUGGUGGUACAUAUGACUGUACUAAUGCGAUAAGAAAUCCAGUAGCAUGUGGUAUAUCAUCGCUCGGAUUAGAUCAUACUGCUAUAUUAGGGAAAACUAUUGAAGAAAUUGCUUGGCAUAAAGCUGGAAUAAUGAAGCCGGGUACAUCUGCUUUUACUGCUCCUCAGGUGGAUUCAGCAAUUACUGUAUUACAAGAGCAAUCGAACGAAGUAAAGCCAAUCGGUAUGUAUGAGGCAGCACUGCAAAUCGUGCCACCUUUAUCUAGCUACCCGGGUACAGAGCCAAAACUUGGAAUUGACGGUGAAGUACAAAAGUGGAAUGCAUCAUUAGCGAUACAACUAGCAAAUACGUGGCUAGAAAAAAAUGCUAAACAAUCGAAGACUCAUAAUGGUGAUCAGCAAUUGCAAACCGGCAAAGGAUUACCAACUGCAAGUACAUUUCCACUAAGUGAAAAUUUUAAAGCAGGAUUACAAAGUUGCGUUUGGAAUGGUAGAUAUCAAAUGAUGAAAUACGACGGUGCUACAUUCUAUUUUGAUGGUGCUCAUACACGAAAUAGCAUCCAGGCAAGGACUGCAGUUGAGUGGUUUCACAACAAAUCCACUAUUGAAGCCACGAAUAUUCGAGGUUCUGUGGCCCGUAUAUUAAUCUUUAAUUUGAGUGGCAAUCGCGAUAGCAAAACUUUGUUAAAACCAAUCAUCAACACAAAUAUCGAUUAUGCGAUAUUUUCACCCAAUAUUUUGAAAGAAAACCAUUCGUCGCCAGAUACAGUUAAUCGUAACGAAACUACUAAUGCAGCAAUGCAGCGAUGCAAUGAAAACUUAUCUGCUUGGAUGGAGUUAAAUGGAUUGUCUAAUCCAACAAACAGUCGUAUUUGUGGAUCAGUUAAUGAAGCUAUAUCUGUUAUUAAAGCUAUUCAUAAAGCUAAAUCUCUUAACUAUAUGAAUGAUAAGACUAUCGAGAAGGAAAAAAAAUAUAUUCAUCUGCAGAUUUUGGUUACAGGUAGCCUACAUUUAGUUGGUGAUGUUUUACAAAAUGAUCACAUUUCAUUUAUUAUUGUAACGCCAACCAAACAACUGACGGCAUUUUUCGUUCAGUUAAAUAGACCUGACAAUGCUGUCUACGUAAGAAUUAUUCAUGGAAGUGUUUUCAUUAUCUUGGAAAAAUAUCAAUGCUAUACUUUGCAGCCGUACGCACUCAACGUUAUGCAAUUGCGUAGUACAUCACUAGACGCCUUUUCUAUUUUUUGUGUACCUUUAUACUUGUAA